GCACAUUCCGAACCGUACCGUACAGCGAAACACAUUCGGUGUCUACAAAGUCACGCGCCCUAAGGUUGCUUGGGUGGCUGUUCUGAGCUCAACUCUCACCAAACCUUCCCUAUGAAAAAACCGGUCUGCUACCCUCAAGACCGCCAUAAAAACUACUGUUCUUAAUAAAUUGCAGAGUUUUUGCCCAUCAGAAUUCUCUCUGUAUCCUUAUAGAGGCCCUGAAAUCAACAUGAUUUUAAAUUUCAGAUGACCAAUUUUUUAUUUUUCUUUUUUAUUUUUUGCCUGCUCUCUGAUUUUCCAUGGCUUCUAUUGUGGAAAUUGAGAGGUACAAUUUGAUACCACUCUCAGUGACUUGUCCAUGUGCCCAUCCCUGCCGUCCUUUGUCGAAGAAAACCCUAAUUCUCGCUCGACGGUGUUCGAAACUUAACCGUAGGCUAGUGUUGAAUGGAUCCAAAGCAACAUGGAGCAUUUCAGCGAUAAGGCACUUGGUUACUGCGGUUGCCAGAGCUGAACCAGAUAGGCUUGGCCAGGAAGACGUUAAAGAGUUGUAGGAAGUCGAUAAAGGCCAUAAAUUGCCAGAAGAACAGGAAUCUGUUUCAGAGCCUCAACAGAAAGGGAGCCAGUUGAGAAAAAGAAUUGUUUUUGGGCUUGGGAUUGGAAUUUCUGUUGGAGGCGUUGUCUUGGCUGGAGAGUGGGUUUUCACUGUGGCUUUGGCUGCGGCCAUGUUUGUUGGUGCACGUGAGUACUUUGAAUUGGUUAGAAGUCUUGGAAUGCCUCCUCCUUGUUAUGCUUCACUAAUUUGCUCUGUUAUAUGUGCUCUCAUGCCUCUAAUUACCUUGUAUUUUGGUCAGAUUGACAUUCCAGUGACUUUUACUGCUUUUGUUGUUGCAAUGUCAUUGCUUCUCCAAAGAGGGAAUCCUCGCUUUGCUCAGCUUAGUAGUACUAUGUUUGGGUUAUUUUAUUGCUGCUAUCUUCCUUGUUUCUGGGUCAAGCUUCGAUGUGGGUUGGCAGUCCUAGCCUUGAACACUAGAAUAGGAGCAUCUUGGCCUGUUCUUUUUGGUGGCCAAGCUCAUUGGACUGUGGGCCUCGUUGCAUCCCUGAUUGCUAUUAGCAGCAUCAUAGCUGCUGAUACAUAUGCUUUUAUGGGUGGCAAGGUCUUUGGGAGGUCACCAUUAGCUAGAAUUAGUCCAAAGAAGACAUGGGAAGGGACUAUUGCAGGCUUGGGUGGCUUUAUAGCAACUUCCAUGAUUCUAUCAAAGUUUUUUUCCUGGCCAACAUCAUUGCUAAGGUAUCAAAUCUUCCUCUACUGUAGUCUUAAGUUAUCGUAGUGCAGCCAACAUCUUUGCUGAGUUAUUCAACCUUUGUUGGCAUGGUCCCAAGUCAUUAUAAAAUAUUUUCUCUCGCAGAGACACACACUCAAACAAACACAUAUUUCUUGUGGAUAAAUUUUUGUAGGUCAAUAAUUCCAGGAAGCAUAAAUGCAGCCCAUUAUUGAUGCAAAAUUUACAGUUCCUUAAAAUAUCCACUGGAAUUCGAUAAUAAUAAGAAAGUAUUGCAUCAUGUAUGUUAUUAAUAUGCAUAAUUGUCUCAGUCAGUGGUGUGUCUAUAUGUAUAAAUAGGGUAACAUGGCAAACCUUUUCAAUGUCCAUAUUCUUUAAAUCCUUACCAAUGGGUGAAACUAUGUAAAAUGUUAAUAAGCUAGGAGAAUAUUUUCGGUGGCUUUCUUGAGCAUUGUGUUUCUUACUUUGUAAGGCAUGCCUAAUAGCUACAGGGAAAGAGUUGAAUGUCAGACAUGCAUUUAUUUUUUGUUUCUUUAUGAUAUUUAAAUACCAAUUUUAAUGUGGUAUUAUGAUGUGAUCAUAUUUUAUGUUUUCACACGGAUGCUUUGCAUGCCAAGAAUGUCCCUUAACAUAGCUGCAGUCAGUUGCAGAACUAAUGUGGUAUUAUGAUUUGUUAUCUUGUUUGUAUGUUUCACAGAGUCAAUAUUGCUUCUGCAUUUUCAGUUUUCACCUAUUUAGAAAUUAGAAGAUAAUCUUGGAAAGCAAUAUUUAUUGAGUUGGUUUUAUCUUCUAUUUAUACAACUUUAAUCAACAUAAAAAAGAUAAGAAAAAUGUGAACUUUCAUCAUUUAUUGAUUAGGAAUAUAUCAAAGUAAUUUGACAUAUCGUCUUCAAUGAUUGUAAGUGCAAUAGCUUUUGGGUUUCUGAAUUUCUUUGGGUCUAGCUUUGGUGAUCUUACUGAAUUGAUGAUCAAACGAG